UUUCAUUAAAGACCUCAUGACACGUGGAAAAUAAAGUAAUAUACAUACACACAUUGAAAGUACACAUACAAAAUAGUCACUUGAAGUUGGUUUUAAUCAUUAUGAUAGAGAAAUUGAGUUUGUACGGCCUUUUAAAAGUGCGAUUUUUGCGAUCUGCUACCGACCUUCCUAUUAGUCAGUCACAUGACCUAUGACGUACACUCCGGAACGGCUCCUUGGUCAAGACACUAUCCCACCUGUCACUCACGACUAUCCUGACACCUGUCAACAACAUGGAUUCUGACAACUCCGAUUCAUCCUCGGAUCCUGACACAUUUUUCGAAGUGGCAGAGUCCGACCCAAUGCUGGAGGACAAUGUGAGGGGCGUUAUGCCCUAUAGAUACGAGCCAUACUUGGAUGAGUUGGAGCCACAGGGUUCUACGGAAAGUUCGGAUGGCGAGGCAGAAGGCGCUGUUGGUGGUGCUGCUGUGGCAGACGGUCGGAUGCCUAUGGAUUUUGGCAGACUACAGCACGUGGAAUGGUGUUCUUGUGGGAGAUGUGAGCCAAUGCCACUGGUAGUGGAGUCGGUGUGCUGCCGCGAACAGUCAAGAGUGUGCGAGAGGAGAGAGGAGGAGGGAGCAGACACCCGCUGCAUCACAGAACAUUCUGGCUUUGAGCCAGUUUGUCUGAAUCUGCAUGUUCUGCGCACCGCACAUUUCCACUAUCGGCAAGAAUACGGGGAUGUAGAGGGAAACGAGUGGAAGAGGUACACUGGAUACAGACAGUUUGUGCGAUGGUGCUACGAGUACCUGGGAAGACAUGUCAGGGUCCCCAUACCUUCCUGUGUGGUGUGGUGUAUCCGGAGAACUUUUCCCUCCAUUGAUUACAGGGGGUUCCAGGACACCAACAGCCCGUGAUGAUACAUGUAUGCUGUUAACUUGUUAAUUUUGUUUUUUUAGUUUAAAUACAUGAGUUUGUAAAUACAUGAAAAUGAAUGUCAAUACAUGAUACCUCUGGCUUCACAUGAAUGUGUCUUCAUUUUUACAACUUACAACAGCUUACAACAAAUAGGCCUAGCAAAUCAAUUUACACCUUCACCAUGGAAGGGUAGCUGAUAUUUUUGAUCAUACGGUGUCUAAGAUGUGCUGUACUUCAGGGACAAUGCAAUACAAGCCCACAUGGAUAAGGGGGAAAACUGUAGCAACACAGACAUACUACACACCCUGUAAUGACACUUUUCAGAACACCAAGGUGAGGAUGGAGCAGGAGGUUCCCAACACAGUAAAUCAAAGCACUCACGGCAAAGAUGAAAUUAAGUUUGUGUUUAUUCCAUUCAGUCCGGUUCUCAUGUGUACAUUUAGGUGUUAUUUGUAAUGCUAAAGCGGGUCAUAUGUGCAUUGACUGCUGCCCUCUUAUCCGGCUUUUCGAAUGAUGCAUUGAGUGGCUCUGUAACAGGGGACGGGUCUGGGAUGUCAAAGUCAUCACCGUUGUAGUCCUCACCUCGACACAUGGCCUCCACCAUCCGCAUCAGCUCUUCAGCAUAGCC